GUUAUUUUUCCUGAACUUCACAGAGACCGGAUCAGAUAGCCUACAGAGGCAAACUAAAAUGACACGGACCAUUAGAACACGGACUUAAGAUUCAAAAGUCAAAGUGACAUGGGUUUAUGGAUGCUGAUCUGGGUUCUGUUUGUGCUGCCUCACAUGCUGAUGUUUGUUCAUGGUGGAAUAUCGGUGCAGUUUAAAACUGGAGGACCCUUGUAUGUGGCUCUGGGUGAAACCCUGGUUUUGGAAGCUGUUUUUAUUAAAAAUCCAGAUGAUAUAAUCGACAUAGUGACAUGGGAGCUUGAGAAAGGAACCAUGAAUGUGAGGAUAUCGGUCAACCCUAAUACAGACAGAAUAUCUUUAGAGAAGGAGAAGAAUAAAACACUUCUGCGGAUCAAGAAUUUAAGCCCAAAGGAUAUGGGGACCUACAAGGUGACUGUUACAGACAGUAACGGACUUCAGAAGCAGGCCUCAAUAGAAGUCAGAAAAAUGGAUGAUCCGCCAAAAGCAUCAGCUGUGUUGGAGUGUAACGUGGAUACCAGUGGUGUAAUACAAUGGGAUGUCCCUCGGUUCUCUUGGCUGGUAGACGGCGUUCCGGAAAUCAAUCCAACAGCGCUGUUGUCUAACGGCAGUAAACUCGACAUCUCAAAGGUGCCUGGAUACAACUACACCUGUGUUAUCAGAAGCAGUCUGGGAACAUCUGUGGCAUCAUAUCUGACAGCAAAACAUACUGAAGAAUCGAAGGCGUGUCGUUCUUCUUACAGCGGACUGAUUACUGUUGGUAUUUUAUUAGCACUGGGUGGAUUUUCAUAAGAAAACGCUGUCAAACCAGGCAUUCAACAGUUCCCUGUGCUGACUGAUUUUAUGGUAUUUACUUUAUAUCACAUUUCAAUCUAACUGUUUUUCAUACUACUUUAGGUUCAUCUGCUCAUCUGCGGUCUGUGAUACACGAAAACACUAUUAAGUUCAUACAAUUUUUUUCUUUCUUUCUUUUAAUGGAUCCUCUGUAAAAUGCAGUCACAUUUUCAAAGUCUGUUACACAGCUGUUGACUUGUUGAACGAAAAAGCAAUAUGUUUGUGUUUUGGUGUAAGAAAAUACUUAGGUGUUUGUUUGUCCAAAUGUUCAUAAAUGUAUAUUGUAAAGAUGCAAUAUAACUUUCUACUCGGAGGCAAAUAGAAGUUUUUGUACAAAAGUUUGUAUAUUUUGAAGGAAUACACCAUUGUGUUGCUUACUACCUCGCUUGUUCUCUUGUCCUGUGUUAUACAUUAAAUGCAGUGUAUGAGAUUACCAAAAUAAAAUUGUGU